AUGCCGCAGACCUGGUGCUUCUUCCUCCUAAUCGUGCUCCUCAGCUCCGACCACGCCCAUGGCUUCGGCGCUGGAAAUAUCCCAUCCCUCUCCUGCAUCGAAGGCCAGAACUGGCGCCAUGGGGAUAUCGAAGAUGCCUUGUUAACGCUUUUCCUAGCCCAAGUGGCAGGCGGCCGGAAGUUCAGUAAGCUGGAUGUGAAGCGCGUGUACCUUGGCAACUGGCUGCGGGAUUACAGCCAGGCCGUUGAUGUAGGCACCGUCAAAUAUGUUAGCGCUGAAGCCAUCCGGAUCUUGGUCUGGGUGCUGGGCUUCAUGAGUUUUGGCUUCGGGACUCGAGAAUUCGAGGUGACGACGGAGCGCCUAGGGUGUUAUCAGCCCACCGAGCACAUCGAUAACCCCUUCGGAUAUGCAGAGGGCGAAGAUGCGCGCUGCUACGAUUGUCGACUCCGAGGUCCUGUGGACGGAGAGCGAGAGCUUGCAGUAGAUCCGCGCACAGAUAUUGGGAUUCCCACGUCAGCGGCAUUGGUCCGUCGAGUCCUGGGUCGUUCAAUCCAGUUGGGUCGUCGGUAUGCCCGGUCACGGAAGGAUGAAGAUCUACAUGAAGCCCUUCGACUGAUGGGUACGGGUCUACACUGCCUGGAAGACUACGCGGCGCAUUCGAACUACACAGAGCUGAGCCUGAUUGAGAUUGGUGAAACCGAAGUGUUUCCCCACGUUGAUCAGAAUACGAGGCUUCAAGUCCGUGGCGCGCGCGAAUAUGUCUAUCCCAUUGUGACAGGUACAUUUGGCGGAAAAUCUAAUCACUGGAAGACAUCAUCCCAAAAAUCGCAAAACGGAAGCCCGUCAGAGAGCUUCCUGCAGGACUUGCUGAGCAACAUCCCGAGUGGGCUGGUCGGGAACAGUGCUAGCCAGGCAAACCAGAUGGAUGACUUCAAGACCAAGGCCGAUAUUGCGCAGAAAUCCAAUAAGCAAGUCACUCCUCGUGAACCCGAACAGUGGACUCGCUACCUGGACAACGUUCAGAAGGAAGUCUACCCAGUUUUGGAAUGGCACGAUGAACUGCUGAAGGACCAAAUCGCGGUCUUCGUCUUCUCUAUCCUGGCACCAUACGUUCUCCCGAUCAUCAACCAUGUCAAAGCCGAGCUCGAGACCGGUUCUUCGGAAGUAAUCGAAAGCAGCAGAGAGCAGCAACAUGUUGUCUUCAAUGACGACUUUGCAUCAGACCCGACACACUCCAUGCUUUCCAAGGACCACUUCUCGAAUGUCCUCAACGAGCCCGCGGGCCGCAUUGCGUCGAAUGUGGUCAAGUGGACCGUUCCUCAACUGAUGCAAUGCUGGGACAAUGAGGAUGUCGAUGUCGACCGAACCUUGAACAGGAUUAUAUCUGGGGUGUUUCAUCAUCCUGCUCUACGUGAAUAUGGGGAUGAUGGAGCAGCUAAUGUCCGCCAAAUCAUGUUUUCGACAGUCGAGAAAUGGUGGCGAGGAAAGACCGAGGAGGAGCAGGACAUCCUGCAUAAACAGCUGAGCCGGGCCGGCGUUCUCAAGGGCAAAAUCACAAAACAGGGGUGCACGACUCUGGACGUGGAUUCUGGUGAUGCCGGUAUUGAGAAGCUUGCCUCCGAGGCUGUCGGAGGAGGCGCACUGGGAGGCCUAGUUGGUGGGCUCGUUGGGGGAAUGGGCGAUAUAAUUCUCGAUGAGGCCGGUCCCCAGUCUGGACGAGGAACUCCCGAGUCCCUCAUAGGCGAAAAACACGGUACCCGACAUGGCAAGGGGCAUAAACAGCACAAAGAGCACAAAGAGCAUGUCCGACCCCACCCUCGACAAGACGAUUCUGAUCGACACGAUACGGAAAUACCUCCUCCAUACAGCGGGUACAAAUAUCAGAGCGAAUCGGCGUAUUAUGAACGCUCUCCAACGCCGCGCGACGAUUAUCCCCCAGUGGAGCGCUAUAGACGGGAGGAGUACCGGCAACAACAGCAAGACGAUAGUGAGGAGGGUGGUCACCAUCAACAUGAACGACGGGAGAUCUACCAUGGUGGUCGCCGGGAAUACGAGCACACGAAGCGCUAUGAGUAUGAGCAAAGUCAGGCUUACAGUUAUGUUGAUCGGAGCUACAUGCGCGAAGGUAAUGACCGGUGA